CAACCCACCACAACGCUUUGAGUUUUAAGUGGUAGUGAUGGUUGUCUGUUUUGUCGAGUGUGAAAGUGUGUUGUCGGCGUUUUGACAUAUAAAAAUGUAGUUUUGUUAUGGAAAGAGGGCUUAAUGCUGCCACACAGCAUAUUUCCUUUUUGUUAUCCACCUCUAACUUGCUAAAAACUAACAUUUAUUAUCAAUAAUUGUAUUUUUAUUUGGGAAAGAGACUGCAACCUUAGUUUUAUUGAUUUUCAUAUUGUUGUAAAACCAUGAGUGAUAUACAUGACUUGGAUAUGAAAAUAUGCUGCAUCAAGCUCUCAUUAGCAGCCAGAGUGAUUGCCAUGGUUGGUUUGAUAACGUCGGUGCUGAUCAUCACCCAGAUCUCGUCCGAGCUCGCAGAACCAGAUGGUGGCGGGGGAACGUUCGGCAUCUUGCUCGGAGUCGACAUCUACGAGUUCAAAUACACAAUGUCUGGCGAGGCGGACGAACAACGCACCAGGAAAGUUACAGAAAUAAUGGUGGCAUUUCUUCUGUUCACACUCACAUAUGCGGUUGCUAGUGCCAUCCUGAUAUGGGGCACUAUUGUGGAGCAGAGUUGGUGCGCCAUCCCUUGGCUCAUCUGCGAAGCCUUCAGUUUUGCCACACAAGUCUCCACACUAGCGAUUCACGCCAUCGCCCUCCGCACCAGAAAAGACACUUUAGUAUUAAUGGUUUCCAUCCUAAAACUAGGUUUGUCGCCAUACUUUUGGCUGGUUGUGUUCUGUGCUCAAAGGACCUGGGCGAGACAGAGGAGGGAAAGCAAAGCGAACGAGGUUAGACACAACACGCUCAAGGACGGAACCGCCCUCCCCCUGCCCAGCAAGUUUGCUCAAGUGUAGGCUGUGAGACGCUGUAAUAUAGCUUAGUCCUGCGAACAUCUUGUUUGUAGUCUGGACUCUCUUUUGUCAUUGAAAAGUCAUAAGUCUUCAAUUAGAUAUUUUAGCAACUAAAUCAAAAGUCCAUAGCACUGAAGUACUACAAGGUUUUGUUUUAGGUACAAAUAAUAUUCACAAUUAAAAAUGCUUGCUUGUUCCUAGUUACAUAAAAUCAAAAUGUAAACCAUUCUUACUUCUAAGAAAUAAUUGUGCUGAAGAAUAUUGAAUGUUUAGCUAAAAACCCAUUUUAUGUGAAUCUUUGCUUCCAUAAACACAAACCUAGCUGAACUGUUAAGGUUAAGAUAUUUGCUUUGAUGCAUGUAUUCGAUAUCAAUCAAAAAUACUUUCCAAUGAGAUAAGGGAGUCCAUUAGGCUAACAAGAAAUAAUGAUGAAACUUACACUAAAUGUGCUAAAAGUAUGAUGUGUAAGGACUAUUUUCUAUUGAAACAUCUUCCAGUUUAUAUAUUAUAGCUAUUACAAGUUUUGGUUUAGUUAAAUCAUACAGAUCCAAAAACACUGUGUUAUGUAACACAGCUAUGUACAUUGUGCCAUCAUGAUUACAUAACUAUAUUAAAUGUAAACCAAUCUAACCAAAGAUAUAAUAUCGUGAUGUAGACAAUUUCAUUCCCGUUUUUAAAUUAUAACUGGUUUAAAAAAAGCUGUGUACAAAAAAGUGUGUUCAAAAAAGCUUGAUAUCAAUUACUUUUUCUUUACCGUCCAGAUACUCGUAACCAAAAAUUAAAUCGCUCACUCAAGUUGUACUGUAUUGAAAUAUGAGUUGAUGUUUUUUUAGAUCUGAAUGUAAUGUACAAUGUAUUCCUCUGAUGGCUUAGUGUGCUUGGACCCUUUAGCUGUGAUCACUAAAUAAAAAUUAAAAAAAUACUUCCCAUUUGUAGUUUACAUUUUAAUAUGAUCGGCAGCUAAAACAAAUAUUUAAGUUUACUAUUGAUUUUGAGCUAACAAACAAUAACCUAAAAGCUGAAAGUUUGCUACUUAAAAACAGGAAACCAUUGACUUGACUACUGAAUUUUAAAAAUUAAUUCUGUUCCUUUUCCAUUACUGUAAUUAAUUUUACAGAUUUGUUUAUACCUCACUGUUUUUACAGAAAAUAAAAACUAUGAUGCAUAUUAUCAUUAUCCAAAACUGUUUACAAUUUUGAGAAAUUUACUAUUGUAAUAAUAAAGCACAGUAGGAUCAUAAAUCUGAAAGAUUCGAUGAUUUCCUAGUUUUUUUUGCAUAUCAUUUAUAGAGAUUUGUUUAUCGUCCUUCUAGAGCAGUUCCUUACGAUUUUUAUGUGUCAAAUUUGCAGUUUAAUACAUCUUUGUAGUGCCACUAUUAUAUUUAUAAAGAUAAAUAGUUUUGACAAAGGAGUCACACUGUUAGCUAUUAAUAUGAGUUUAUAUGAGUUAAUUUGUUUUUAAGUUGGCUUUAUUUUCAAGAAUAAUUUCUUUAGAAGCAAGGAUUUUUCGUUUUUCUUUAUUAAAUGAAACAUGAAACAUAUAAAACUAUGGGUUUUCUUAGAUUAUAAAAUUGAUUAUUGCUUUCUUAUUUUGUUCACAUUACUUGUUUGAUACCAAAAUUUAUCUACAGUAUCCUAUACUAGCAAGAGUCAUAGGUAGCAAUUUUAACAUGAAAGAAUAGUGGUUCCGGUAGUUUUUACAGUCAACAUAUCAAGUCAUAGCAAUAGAUAUAUUUUAUGCUUGAAAUAAUUUUGUAUGAGUACAUUUUGUUAAGUAUUGCGAAUAUUGUGGAUGCAAUGAAUCUAAGUUAAACUAGCAAUUUCAAAGUUUAUGAUUAAAGAACAUGUCAAGUAUUUAUUUUCUAGUCUUUUUGCUUAAGGUUGUUACGGUAUAAGAUAUGUUACGCUUAGAAGACUGUUAUGAUUGUCUUUGGCCAGAUAAAUUAAAAGCUUGUAUAAAAACUAUAUAUCAAAGAUUCAAAGAUUUUAUUAGGCCAUUAAGUUUGUACAAUAGGCUACGUCAAAGUACAUCAAGCAUGACUUUACCAUAGAUUUUAGUUCUGUAAGAACUACCAAGAGAGUAUGAUGCUUGUAAAAUCAAACACUGAUAUUUACAGUUUUGGAAACUAAAACCAAAUUCCUAUUAGGUAUGUAUUUGCAGGUCAACAGAAUUCACUAUUUAUACUGAAAAUUGUAAAAACUGUUAAGUUCUUAAGAGUCCUUGGAGGCUAGCGGCCAUCUUGGAUAAUUUCAAACAGCUGCUGAAGAGCUAAUUAUCAUUAAAAAAUAGUUUUUCAAACACGAAAGUGAUUAUAAUUUUAAUAUCUAGUAUACUAUUAGAUAAGAAAUUUUCGUUGUUGUUUUGGAUUGAUUUCCCAGGGAUUCUAUGGAAGCCAACGACCAUCUUGAAUUUGCUUGAAUAAGAGCAAUGUUAAUUUUGUUAUUUUCAAACAGCCGCUGAAAAGUUAUUUACCAUCUCAAAAUAUUUAUUCGAAUACCAAAGUUAUUUUCAUUUAAAUAUCUAGUAUACUGUGAGAUUAGAGAUUUUCUUUGUAGUUUUUUAACUGUUUUAUGAGUUAGAACGUCUAGACUCCAAGGACUCUUAAUGCCCAAAAUCACUGUAAAAGAAUCAGUGACAAACACAAUGUUUUAGAAAAACACUGAGGAACAAAAUAGUUCUAUAAAAAUCACUGGCAAACAGGGCAACAUAAAGAUUUAAAGUCGGCACCACGAAAGUUUGCAGUUGAGGGAGGAGCCCAUUUACCACGUGACUUCGAAGGAGCCAAUGAGGACAGUGCGGUGUUGCCAAAUCUAAUAAUACCAGCUGAUUUGAAAAUAUUGUUUAGUAUUUUAAUUAGUGUCGUCAACGGGCGAUAUGGCUACGUCAUACUAGCCUUGUCUUGUGAUUGGCUGCUGCCAACUGCAAACUUUUGUGGUCCUGACUAUAAUGACAAACACAAACUCUCAAAAAAUCUCUGUGUAUACAGCUUAUUUAAUUUGCUAAUUUUUUCUUGUUCCUACUGAUGUCUAUGCAUAAUGGCUUGUAUGCAUCUCUGUGCUUUAUAUGCAAAUUUAUAAAUUACAGGUUUAAAUUUUGGCAUAGGUAAACAUUUUUCUCAUUGGAUAUAUUUUUUGUUAAUAUCGUGAACUUUUUUAUACAUUGAAGACAACAGGUUUCUCAUAUUGAAAUAAUCUCUGACUUUGAAAGUUUUGGAAAUACAUUAUUUGUACUAUGUUGUUUUGGAAGGCAGUGUUUUUUGUCUGCAAAGAGCCAAGAACAGAAUCAAAUGAAUUUAUGUAUACAACUAACUUUGAGUAAAUAACAGUACAGUGGCUCCCUAUAUUAUUUAGAGGUUUUGAAUUGAAUUGAAGCAUAUUCACAGAGUUAAUAGUUUGUAAACUAUCAUCCAUUAUACCUCAUCAGGUUACGAAUUUCUCAAAGUCAUACAAAGUCAACAUCGCAAUUUAAGUUUGUUACAAAGUUUUAGAGUUUAUCAAUGGCAAGCUGUAAGAUUGCUUGGUGUAUAUAAAACUAGUUGUUAUAAUCCUACUAGACAAGUAUUGUUAUUGUAAAUAAAAUUUAUCUUUUUGAAUCAAUUUUACGUUUGCAGAGUUUAGUUUAUUUUAAAGAUGUAAAUACUCUUUUAAAACAAACUGAGAUUUUUUGAUAUCUGUGAUAUUAUUAUUAAUUUGAAGCGAUUUGUAUGAAUCUAGUUUGUACAUUGUUAUAAAUAUAAUCUUUUAUU